GCCAAAUUCCACCAUCGCUGCCGUAUCCAACGCCGGACAAAAAAUGUUGAAAUUACCGACCCUCCUUCUCCUUCUACUCUGCCUCUCCUCAUUCACCUCCGGCGAGAUAAAAAAACUGAAGAUCCGAUCCGAUAACCGACCCAUGAUCCUCUUCGAACGAUUCGGGUUCACACGUACGGGUCAAGUUUCCAUUAGCGUCUCCUCUGUCUCCGUCAUCUCCAGUCUAGCUACCCCUGAUCCUUCCGGACUCGGAUUCUUCCUCCUAUCUGAAGAAUCCCUAAUUCAAGUCCUUAUUGAGCUUCAACAAAACCCUAAUUUCUGUGUCCUUGAAUCCAAUUACAUUCAACAUUUAUUCACUUUUCGUGAUCUUUCUCCUCCACCCAAUUCGUCAUUCGAUCGAGCUUACCCUGUAACUUCCCCUAAUGAAUACUCUCUCUUCUUCGCCAAUUGUGCUCCUGAAUCAAAAAUUUCAAUGGAUGUACGCACUGAGCUUUACAAUCUCGAUGGCCGCGUUAAAGAUUAUCUGUCUGCAGGUCUUACGCAGUUGCCAACGUUGUAUUUUUUGUUUUCCUUGGUUUAUUUUGGCUUCUUGGCCGUCUGGGUCUUGGUGUGUUUGAAGAAUAGGAUAUCAGUGCAUAGGAUUCAUGGACUUAUGGCACUUUUGGUUGUAAUGAAGGCGUUGAAUUUGCUUUUUGCUGCUGAGGAUAAGCAUUAUGUUAAGGUUACUGGGACUGCACAUGGAUGGGAUGUGUUGUUCUACAUUUUCCAGUCCAUGCGUGUGGUUUUGCUUUUCACUGUUAUCGUUUUGAUUGGUACUGGGUGGUCAUUCUUGAAGCCAUUUUUGCAAGAUAGGGAAAAGAAGGUGUUGAUGAUUGUGAUUCCGCUUCAGGUUUUGGCUAAUGUGGCUUCGGUCGUUAUUGGUGAAACAGGUCCUUUUAUUAAGGACUGGGUGACAUGGAAUCAGGUCUUUUUGAUUGUUGAUAUUGUGUGCUGCUGUGCUAUUAUUUUCCCCAUUGUGUGGUCGAUUAGGUCAUUGAGGGAGACUUCCAAGACCGAUGGGAAGGCAGCAAGGAAUUUGGCAAAGUUGACUCUUUUCAGGCAGUUUUAUAUUGUGGUGAUUGGAUACUUGUACUUCACAAGGAUUGUGGUUUUUGCAUUGAAGACAAUUGCCGCGUAUAAGUACCAAUGGGUGGCGUCCUCUGCGGAGGAAAUAGUGAGCUUAGCUUUUUACAUUGUCAUGUUUUACAUGUUUAGGCCUGUGGAAAGGAAUGAGUACUUUGUUCUUGAUGAUGAGGAAGAAGAGGCUGCAGCAUUGGCUCUUCAAGACGAGGAGUUUGAGCUGUGAUUUUGAAGUCUUUUGGAGGGGGUCUCUUCCCGACAUUUUAUACAGUUCUCAGCCUAACACUGUGAGUUUUACCUGGAAUGGCAGUAGGUUUACCGGAAUGAAUUACAAUUCACUGUUGUUUGGAAUCACAAUACAGACCUUUUAUUUUUUGUAUAAUGGAAUUGUUAUAUAAAUCUCAUUAAUCAUGA